AUGCCCGCCGACAUGUCGAUGGUCCCUUAUAACGGGGGCAAUCAUGUUGUUCUGCGGCACAAUGACUCGGUGGUGGUCUUGGAUCACGACUCUCAGCAGCUCGUUCUCCGCAACACGUCAGAUACAGAUGGAGGAGAUAUGGAACUGGCCAACUGCCCACUCUGUCACCGGCCUAUGAACGACACUAGUAGGGGACAGCAACGAGGCAAUGAGGAGCCAGAAGGCGAAUUCGUCAACCCGAACUACUUUCGCAUGCUCAACAAUAGCCUCCCAAACUCCGCAAGCUCAUCGUCUCCCCCGUCCCCACGUCGCCGUCUGGUUCAGCCCGCACUUCCCGGAGGACCCACAAACGAGACACCCCAUUCCACCCCGGCACCACAAGGCAUCUCAUCUGCGGCAUUUAGUCCAGAUUAUUUCAAGAGAUUCUUUGUGGAAGAACGGGUGUUAGGAAAAGGCGGGAAAGGUGUGGUGCUAUUGGUGAAACACGUGCUGGACAGUGUGUCGCUGGGCCACUACGCUUGUAAGCGUGUGCCCGUGGGCGAUGACCACGAAUGGCUGGAAAAAGUGCUGGGCGAAGUCCAACUUUUACAGCACCUUUCACACCAAAAUCUGGUCUCCUAUCGCCAUGUUUGGCUGGAGAACGCAAAGAUAACCACGUUUGGUCCCAGCGUGCCAUGCGCGUUUAUUCUGCAACAGUACUGCAAUGCCGGUGAUUUACACGAUUAUAUAUGUGGCGCUGUGCAAACAUCGACGACAGCGCAGCAAAUGAAGGAUCGCCUUCGCCGGAAGUCGAAGGGAGAACCAGAGCCUCGGUCUAAUCUGGGUGGACCUCGCAAACUUCAGCUUGAUGAGAUUUAUUCAUUCUUCCGAGACAUCACUUCGGGGCUACGCUAUUUACAUGCCAGCGGGUACAUCCAUCGUGACUUGAAGCCAAACAACUGUCUUCUCCAUGAAACCGGUGACGGGAUCAGGGUACUUGUCAGCGACUUCGGUGAAGUGCAGCAACAGAAUGCCCAACGCAAGUCAACUGGUGCCACCGGGACACUUUCGUACUGCGCACCUGAAGUUUUGAGGCAAGAGUAUCCUGAUGGGCCCUUCGGGAAUUUCACGUUCAAGUCGGAUAUUUUCUCCCUUGGCAUGAUCCUCUACUUUCUGUGCUUUGCAGCUCUCCCAUAUGCCAACGCCGACAUCUUUCACGAGGAAAAAGAAGAUCUGGACCAGCUUCGUGCUGAGAUCACCAGCUGGGCUGGAUUCGAUCAUGCACGAGCUAUUCGUCCCGAUCUCCCCGAGAAGCUGUACCGAUUCCUAGAGCGUUUGCUUUCCGUCGAUCCAGCCCGAAGACCAUCUGCUGAAGAAGUCCUCAAUGGAAUUCAAGUCGGCGCAAAUGCCAACGACAACUUUCGGUUCCGAAAAUCAAGCACGAGUUCAACGAGUCCAGAUAUGCCAGGUUCUCGGAUUCACCCUCUCGACUCACGGCCAUCUACAGAACGAACCCUUUCCCCCAUUAAAAAGCCCAUCCGAAACCCGACAUCAUUCCGGCGAGACUCAGGGUUCGGGUUCGAUUCAAGUCAGUUCCGAAGCACUACUGCACCUGCACCGAACACCGCCGAAGAUACCUUGAGCACGAGUCCAGAUCGAGACAUUGUUAUCCGGCACCGGAACUCUACUUCGCCACCUGUCUCUCCUCAUCACUUGCAUGAAGAGCCACCCUCUCCAGGAUUUCAGCCUCAACCUAUCCCUCAGCAUCAUCUUUUACCCCCACCCCCGAGCCGCUUCCCUCUUCUUCACUCUUUUAUCUCCGCCACUUCAUCAUCACCCAUGGUACAAACUGCCGUGUUCCUCGCCAAGAUUGGGUCGCUUCUGCACCCCUGCUCACCACUGGCAGUGAACUCUUGGAUUUUAUACCCUCUUCUGCUCUCUGCAGCAUUGACUUUUAGAACACGCAACAUUCGAGUGCAGUUACUUGCUGCUUUGGUGCAUCUGCUAGUGGUCGGGCUGGGCUACCGCCUAGGUGGUCUUUGUGUUUGGCCCAGAGAGCGAGCGCACGAUAUCUGA